AUGCGAAGGGUGCUUGCGGCUGCUCAGGUUCUGAUACUAUCCCAAGGCACCCGAAGCUUCCACCUGCCGUUGCCCCCAGCAAGAUCUCCUGGCAUCACCACCACCACCACCACCACCAGCGGACGAGCAGUCAAUCCUGCUCGGUCUCGCAAUGACCAGGAGCAUCAGCAACGCUGCAGCAGCGCUCUUCGCCAAGAUGACCAACCCGCUAACGACAACGAGCAGCGUACAUCCGACGGCGGAAGCGGCGGCGGCGUGACCCGGAGGGAGUUUUUCAAUACCCUAGGAUCGGCCGGCGCUGCUGCCGCCGCGUGGGCUGCGGUCGCGGGGUCUAGCUCGGCGGCGGCCGGCAGCGGCGACCGGAAGGCUGCCGGGGAGGCGUCGAGGGCUCGGGUGUACGGGGAGGUCGACAAGAGCCCGAACGACCCGAGGAGCUACCGCGCGAUAUCUCUUGCCAGCGGAAUGAAGGUGCUGCUUAUCUCAGACCCGAACACAAAGACGUCGGCGGCCGCCAUGGACGUGCACGUGGGACACUUCUCCGAUCCAGAUGACCUUCCCGGCCUGGCUCACUUCUGCGAGCACCUCCUGUUCCUGGGAACCGACAAGUACCCGGAUGAAUCCAGUUACGCCACGUACCUCAGCUCGCAUGGAGGAACUAGCAACGCCUACACGGACACGGAAGACACGGUGUACUUCUUCGACGUGAGCUCGGACUACCUCAAGGGGGCUCUCGACCGUUUCGCGCAGUUCUUCAUCGCGCCGCAGUUUACCGAGGCGGCAACCGGGCGGGAGCUGAACGCCAUCGAAGCCGAGAACGCGAAGAACCAAAUAUCAGAUGCUUUCCGAGGGUACCAGCUGGAAAAACUCAGGGCCAACCGGUUGCACCCGUACUCCAAGUUCGGCACGGGCAACAAGAAGACGCUGCUCGACGUACCGUCCUCCCAGGGAAAGAGCGCCAGGCAGGCGUUGUUCCGAUUCUUCGACAUGUACUACUCGGCCAACCAGAUGACGCUCGCCGUUCUCGGGAAGGAGUCCCUGUCGCAGCUGCAAAGCACCGUGGACGGCAUGUUUGGCCCGGUGCCCAACCGCGGCAGCGGACGAAGGCCGUCCGAGAAGUGGAUCGGGAAAGUGAAACCGUUCUUGGGUAACCAACCGUUGCAGGCCUACAACAUCGUCCCCGUGCAGGAGUUGCGGUCGGUGGCCAUCGCGUGGCCCCUGUCCUUCGAGACGCCGGAGGAGAGGCAAGCUGUCCUUGUCGCCAAGCCCUUCACCUACAUCGGCUCUCUCCUGGGCCACGAGGGUCCAGGGUCACUCCUGUCCUACCUCAAGGCGAAGAACUGGGCCAACGCUCUCGGGGCGGCCGCGUCUACCUUCACGGACGACUUCGCCAUAUAUGAGAUCGAGGUCGACCUGACGCCGGAGGGCCUGUCGAACCGUUUCAAGGUUCUGACGGCGCUGUUCAGCUACGUGGACCUCAUCCGGAAGAAGGGGGUGCCGUCGUACUUAGCCUCAGAGCUGAAGGAUCUGUCCGACCUUGGAUGGCGUUUUCAGGACAAGCGGGAGCCCGGGAGCCUGGUCCCGUCGCUGGCGGCGAACCUGCAGGAGUACCCCCCGGAGGCUGCCAUCAGGUACAUGAAGGGGGUUGUUCGCUGGUUCAAUCUGUCCCCUCUUCCCGAGAACAUGCGGCCGGAGAAGAAGCUCGUCAGGUUCCCGCUCACUCCCGCGGGCAGCGGCAGCCUGAUAAGGAGGCGAGAGCAGAACAACGAGAACGACAACUCCGCCUCGCAGCUGCUGUUCCAGGUGUCGGAUCGGUCCAUCGAGAACCGCGUGCUGGCGCAGCUGCUCAUGUCCAUCAUGGAGGACCCCUACUACGACUCCCUCAGGACGAAGCAGCAGCUGGGCUACCUUGUCUUCUCAGGCGUCAAGAUCGUGGAGGGGGUCAGCCUCGUGUAUCUGCUUGUGCAGUCGGCCGAGCGGGGACCCGCGUACCUGACGGACCGGUCCCUUGAGUUCUUGGACCAGUGGAGGCAGGAGCUCGUCGACCUUCCCGCCAGCAAGCUCAAGGACUACGUGGGGGGCCUGAUAGACAGGAAGCUAGAGCCCGACCGACGCCUGUCCUCCGAAGCGGAGCGGAACUGGGCCGAGAUGUCGACCGGUCAGCUCAGGUUCGACCGAAGGCGAGAGGAAGCCAAGGCACUGGAGCAGAUCCGGGCGGGAGACUUGUUGCGCUUCUUUGACCGGCAUCUCCGUGAGGGGGGGCAGGAGCGGCGCUUGCUGACGUCAGAAGUCUUCGCCAAAAGCCGGGCCAGGGAGAUGGAAGCCCCGGCGAGAGGGGCGACGCUGGUGACCAACGAGAAGAAGUGGAGGGGACAGCAGGAAAAGUUCCCGGUCCGGAAACGCCUCACCCGUGUGGAGUGA